UGUACACCAAGAGCCGCUAGUCCUCUCCCGUCCAUCGACGUGGCCGCACCUCGGUGUCCCCUGUGUGCCCGCCACGGUCGUGUCUCACCUUAAAAAAAAAACAAAAACAAUUAGUUUAGGGGAAGGUUGAACUGUUGAUACAGGGCUAGUCGCUCAAGCCCCCAUCGGGUCGCGGUUAUUCGGCGGAUCGGCUGACGCUCGGGGCAUCGUCAGUGAAGUUUGACCCACGUGACAUCGGAAAAUAAUUGAGUUUUUUCGAACGAGAUUUGCAGGAGAGUGGUGGAACUGUAGCGAGAGUGCUGUCAACCGGGGUUAUGUGAUUUGUGAUUAUUUGUUAAGAGACUGUUAUCGUUGGUUUUUCGUUGUAUUGCACACGACUAGGGAGUUUCGCGGAUUUUAAGAUGAAUCAACAGUGCAAGGUCUGCGGUGAGCCCGCUGCUGGUUUCCACUUUGGGGCGUUUACCUGCGAGGGAUGCAAGUCUUUCUUCGGUAGGACCUACAACAACCUCGGCAGCAUAUCAGAAUGCAAGAACGGAGGGGUCUGCGUCAUCAACAAGAAGAAUCGAACGGCCUGCAAGGCCUGCAGAUUACGCAAAUGCCUGAUGGUGGGCAUGUCCAAGUCGGGCUCGCGCUACGGCAGACGAUCGAACUGGUUCAAAAUCCACUGUCUGCUCCAAGAGCAGACCAACGGCAAUCAGGGUGGCAGCCCCUCCGGCUUCGGCGCCGGUUUUCUCCCCGGUUUUCUUCCCCCCUCUCACUCAUCGCCAAGUGUCUUCAAAGACAAGGAUCGUGCAUCGCCCAGCCAAGAAGACCUAGCCCUUCAAUCCCACCUGCUGCACGUAGCAAUGCUGAAACAGGAGCGUGAACGAGGCAAUAAGUCACCACAUCCAGACGAUGUAGCAUUGCAAAAUCAACUGAGGUUACUGGCUUGGCAGAAGGAGCGAGAGCGCGAGCGAUCCGGUCACCAGCAACAACAUCAACCUGGCACCCCACCGAGAGACAGCACACCACCGCCAUUCAGCUACAAGCACCCAACGACCUCACCCAUGUUUCCCGUGAACUUUGCACCCGAGAAAAUGAUUACUCUACCGUCAAGUCCACCAGAGGUCUUUCGGCCGUUCCUUCCGGUGUACAAUGGAAGAACAGCGGACACACCCAGUGACUCUGGUGCAUCGUCAGCUGACGGCAAUGAUCACGACGAGUCGCGGAGCAAUUCAGCACUGAGUUUCUUCAAAGUAGCAUCACCGACGCUGUCAGAACGCGAGUUUCCACCGAGGAAGAUCAAUGCCACUGUCACCCUGACGACUGGUUAUCAUCCUCAUCAUGGCCUUGGGCUGGUGUAUCCACCGCCUGGUCUCGUCACACCAGCGGCGUCGCAGCACUCACCUCGCGGUGGUGAUCUCCUUCUCGUCAGCCCAAGUCCUGGUGGCCUAGCUGUCGAACAGGACGAACCCAUCGACCUCAGCAUCAGAUCUACGAGGAGUUCACCGAGACCCAGCGGGAGUCCAGUUCAGAAUACCGAAACCAGACCUGAGAGCAGGGGCAAUGUCACUGAAGAGACAACAGCCAAAAGCAAACCUCUUGAUCUCACGUGUGGUGUCAAGAGGCCAGCUGAACUACCACUUUCGCUGUGAAUAUAGAGAUAUUUUUAUACAUCUAUUAACAGUUUUGUGAGAUGGCUGAAGAGUGAGGCUGGACCCGGGGUUCAAGCUUACGAAAAUUGUGUUCAAUUUGUACAUAAUCUAUUAUUCAAAUCGCGAAGACAAUUAAUUUAUUAUUGAGUAGUUAGAUGAAAGAGUUUUAUUUUGUAUGUUUUAUUAUUAUAUUUCCCCCUUUCCCUCUUUUUAUCUUUAUUGAUUGUACUUUAGGUCUAUAGUUGUUUCACAAGAUAUGACGACGUAUGCCCGAUUUAUGAAAUAUUAAGAAAGGCCAGAUGUUAAAGUGCCUUAAUAUAUAUUUAUAUAAAUAAAAUUUCGGUGACGAUCAAGUAGAACGAUUGGUGAGGACUUCUGAUUGGAAGUUUGGACAGUCUUGGAUCGUUUUACCGGAUCUUCGCUGAUCUGUACACAUUAGAAAAUCAAGACUUAGGUUUAAGGAAACCCCAGCCAGUAACAUUGGGCACUAAAUAAUUCAUCUCCGUAAAAAAAACAACCCAUCAACGAAUAUAUGUCUAGAGUAUAAACAAGAGUUAUCAAUCUGUAAAUAGGGGAAUCCCGGAAAUUAGAUGAUCUGAAGAGGAUGGGAAAUUUUUAUAUUCUUGUACAUAAUAGUAUGUAAGAGGUGAUGAUGAGGCCAGUAAGCGACGAAAUAAAAAAAGUUAAAAUACACUUUUUUUCCUCGA